AUGCGAGAAAAAGCUACCGAAGAGCAAUUUCAUUUCGAUCCCGAAAUUGAAAGAACACUCCGAAAGCUCAAUAGCAAGACACGAAGAAGAAGGAAGUUAUCCCAAGAGAAGCGGCAAAGAGAAGAGGCAUCUACUUCUUCUAACAAUCACAUUGAAGAGGUAGUUGUAGACACUUUUGAAGGAGACAUGGCGGGUGUUGUUCCAACCGAAAUGUCCGCCAAUAGUCCAAGGCGUACCGCCCAAUUUGCACGCAAUGCUCAAGGUGGAGCAAAUACGGAGAUGAAGACCGGAAUCCUCCAACUUGUUUAUGCAAAUCCAUUCACCGGAAUGGAUCAUGAGGACCCCUUUGCACAUCUCACCAAAUUUUAUGAGAUUGCGGGUUCAACGGGAGUCGAUGCGGCGAAUGAAGAAUCAUUGUUCAAGAGACUAUUUCCACACUCACUGCUUGGAAAAUCCAAAGAAUGGAGUCCAUCACAAAGGAAGCCGUGUGUUCUUGAAUUAAACACUAAUGAUGCCAUCCUUGCUCAAAACAAGAUUCUCUCUCAACAAGUUGAGUUACUCACCAAGCAAAUGUCAAAGCUCCCACAACAAAUGAAGGAAAUUCAUGGGAUGCAAAUGACUUCUCACGUAGCAAGUUGUGAACUUUGUCAAGGUCAAGGUCAACAAUCUCAAGGUGGAAGCUCAAAGUUGGAAGACACUCUUACACAAUUCAUGCAAGCAUCCAUGGCUAAUCAAAGGAGUAAUGAAGCGGCCAUAAAGAAUUUAGAAAAUCAAGUGGGUCAACUUGCAAAGCAAUUGUCCGAGCAACAAUCGGGAGCAUCCUUUUCCGCCAACACCCAAACCAAUCCAAAGGAGCAUUGCAAAGCCAUUUUUACAAGAAGUGGGAAGGAGGUGAAUAGUGGCGUAAAUGAAGAGGUUAUAGUGGAAGAUGAGGAGGAAAUAAUAGUUGAAGAUGAAGAGGAGGAAGUGACAGUUGAAAAUGAGGGAGAAAAGAGUGAGGAGAAAGUGGAGGAAGAAUUAGUUGAAAAAGAGCGGAAAGAAAAAGAAGGAAGAGAGAAAAAUGACAAAAAAGUGAAUAUGAAUAAAAAGAGAAAUGAGAAUAUGCUCACAAAGAAAAAGAAGUACACGGAUGAAGAGACGGUUGUGCUUGAUGCUCAUUGUAGUGCAAUUAUUCAAAAAACUCCCCCAAGAAAGGAAGCCGAUCCGGGACGAGUCAUUUUACCGAUCACCAUUGGAGGUAACUACAUUAGUAAUGGUUUGGUUGAUUUGGGGUCUAGCAUCAAUUUAAUACCUUUAUCCGUUGUCAAGAGAUUGGGGAACAUUGAGAUGAAACACACCAGGAUAACUUUACAACUAGCUGAUAAGUCUAUCAUUUCACCAUAUGGAGUUGUACAAGACAUGCUGGUAAAGGUGGACAAAUUUUUGUUCCCGGUUGAUUUUGUGGUAGUCGACAUGGAGGAGGAUCGUGAUGUGCCAUUAAUACUUGGAAGACCAUUCAUGAAGACCACCCGAAUAAUGAUUGAUAUCGAUGAUGGGAUUAUGAAAGUAAGGGUGCAAGAUAAAGAGGUAAUUUUUACUCUUUUUGAGUCUAUGAAGCCUCAUAAGGAUGAACAUGACAACUUUCGAAUCGAUGAUGAAAAAGGAGAAAUCAUUAAGGUGGCAAAUCAAAUUCACAAGGACAAGGAGAAGGCAAAUCAUGAGGGAAAGACUUAUCACAAAAACAUUGAAGUUGGACAAAUGGUGCUUGUGUGCAAUUCAAGACACAAGGUGUUUCCUAGUAAGUUAAAGUCAAAGUGGUCGGGGCCAUUUGUGGUGAAAGAGGUGCGAAAUUAUGGAGCCAUUGUGGUGGAGGACCCUAAAACACAAGAAAGCUGGACUGUAAAGGAACAAAGACUCAAAGGCUACCACGAUGGAUAA